AUGCCUCGGACACUGCUCCUCUGUUUCGUCCACGGCUUCAAGGGGAACGACAACACAUUUCACGACUUCCCAGACGACCUGAAACGUUCAGUUACGAAGCAACUGCCCGACCACCGCGUCAAGUCCAUCGUCUACCCCCAGUAUGAGACGAAAGGCGAACUGGCGCAAGCCGCCGAGGCUUUCCUCUCAUGGCUGAAAGAGCAAGUGAUGGAGGUCAGGAAAGCCAGCGUCGAGAAGCCGUGGCCGCCCAAGGAUAGACAAGUCGGCGUCGUCCUCGUCGCCCACUCUAUGGGAGGCUUCGUCGCCGCCGACGCGCUGUUCCUCGCCGUCAACGAGAGGGCCAAUUCCAACCCGUCGGAAGACGACCCCAUCUUCCCCCUGAUCCAGGGCAUCCUCACCUUCGACACGCCGUACAACGGCCUGGCCCGCUCCAUGUUCGUCUACGGCGGCUUCUCCAACUACCAAAAG